AUGGCCCAUCUUUCCAACCCUCUAGCAACAGCAGAGCAGCUAUACCAAAAAACUUCAGAUAAUUCUCUUCCAAUUGAGAUCCAAGAUGGCAUUCGCUUCUACACGGCCCGCCUUACACAAGCUGCGGGCCUGCUUUUGCGCCUCGGCCAGGAUAUAACAGCGCAAGCCAACGUCCUCCUCUUCAGGUACUGGCUCGUGGAUGGUUUUAUGAACCAUGAAUUCAGCGACGUCUCAGCAUCAAUAAUCUACCUAACCGCCAAAAUAUCCGCCUCGCCCCGCUCCCUCCGCAGCAUAACAAACGUUUACGCCUACCUCCUCUCCCCAUCUUCCCCAUUAAAUUCAAAACCCGAGUCCCUCAAGACAGCAAAACCACCGAAUCCAGAAUCCUACUACCUCUCCGAAACCAGAUACAUAACAUUCCGCAACCGGCUUCUCCACAUCGAAGGCCAAAUCCUCAACGCCCUAGGUUUCAACACACAUGUCGCCCUCCCACAUCCCCUCGCGAUCACCUAUCUCCAAACGCUUGAUGUAUUCUCUUCGUCCAUACGCAAGGGGCUAGGGAAAGAAGUUGCGAAACGCACGAUAGAAUAUCUCAAUACCGCGCUCCUUAGUCCGCAGAUGCUGUAUUUGACUCACCAGCCUGCUAGUUUGGCCACUGCUGCGAUCUAUUUGGCAGCGAAAGAUAGCGGGAUUAAACUGCCCGAUGUCGAGUGGUGGGAGGUUUUUGAUUGUGAGAGGGAGGAGUUGGGGUUUCUGGCUGUGGGGAUGGGGAGUUUGGAGGGUAUUGUUAGGAGGGAAGUAGAGAGGUGGGGUGAGAAGGGCGUUAUUAGCAGGAGUGAUGUGAGGGAGGAGCUUGGGAGGAUGGGUGUGGGCAAUGGGAAUAAGAAUGGGAUUCGGGAUUCGAAGGAAGGGGAGGAUGAGGAGGCGGAGAUGGCGAGGAUGUUAGAUGAGAAGAUCCCGGAGACGUCUUGA